GCAUCGUGCUUGUUCCUGCUCCGUCCAGUUCCCUCGUUUCGCCGCCACAAACUGACCCUUGCGGACGUUCAUAGUCUAUUAGUCAUAUACGUUCGCCGUUUCAUCGUCUCCGGCACUUAGGAAACAUAAGUGUCUUCUACUCCUCAAUCACAAUCACAGUGCAUAGUUUGGCCCGAAAACAUGACUCGUUCGAAAGCCACUUCAAAGAAAAAGCAUGGCGUGGACUUCAAGAAAAUAAAGCGAAAGAUAGGGAGGAAACUGCCACCACCUAAGAACUCUACAAAUACUGAAAUUAAAUCCAAAGCAAUUAUUUUGCCCGAGCAGAGUGUGGCAUCAGAGAAGGGAGGCUUAGCAGUAAACAAGAAAGGCUUGACAUUAAAAGAGCUUCUUCAACAAACAUCGCAUCACAACCCAAAAGUUCGAAGAGAUGCAUUGGCGGGUAUCAAGGAACUGUUCAUCAAACAUCCAACAGAACUGAAGUUGCACAAGUAUGCUGCUGUAGAAAAACUUCGUGAGCGCAUUGGUGAUGAUGUCAAAGUAGUUCGAGAUUCACUGUAUGAUCUAUUUAAGUUAGUAAUUUUGCCUGGCUGUGAAGAGGAUAAUCCAGAGCUGGUUGUUUCCUUGCUGAUGGCUUACAUUUUCAAAGCAAUGACACAUUUAGCAAUUGACAUACGGCUCAAAGCUUUUGAAUUCUUGGAUCUUGUUCUUGAGUUUUAUCCACCUUCCUUACCUUUAUAUGCUGAGAAGAUUUUCCAAAACUACGAUGAUAUUCUUAGGAAGAACCAGUGCUAUUUACAGGAGAAAGGGAAAUUGAAGGUUGCUCUUGUUGGGUUGGUUCGCUGCUUGUCACUCUUGCCAUGGAAUAAAGGAGAAACUGAUUUGCAUGAUAAGAAUGAUGCUGGACAAAGGGUAUUGCAUGCUUUUGAGGAUGAUAUGCCUGCAAGAUCCACUGGAUUUCCUCUUAUCAUAAAGAAACUGAAGGAUCUUGUGCCAGUAUUACUAAAUAGUUUCCAGGAAUUCAUUCCUCAAGCUCGUGCUUCCCCAAAACUUGAUGGGAUGUCUUCUUCUUGUAUGCUGUCUAUACUUAACUGCAUAGAUAUGAUAAUCAGGUCCUUUAUUUAUGGGAGUAAUAGGGAGCAGUCAGAGUCCCAGAGUUCUCUUGGUGACCUUGGCAUGAUGAUAUGGGAUGACGCUAUUUCUUCCUUAAUGUUGAGGAAAUUAUUUUCUUUGUUCCCCCUCAAUCCUGUCCAUAAUCAUUCAGAAAAGGAAUAUGAUAGAUGCCUUGAACUUAAUAUGGUUGUUAUGAAAAUAUUUUUUCAACUCAAUGAACGGAUCUGUCUUCCUCUUGAUUUGCUGGAGAAGUUCCUUGAAUUUCUGGAUAAUGCACUGCUUGGGAAGGUUUGUGAAGCUUCACAGUCAGCUAAACCUGUCUGGGAAAAGCAUUUAAUUCAACUCCUUCCUUAUAUUCCUAAAAUUGUUACUUAUGAGGCAUGCUAUUGGACACCUCGUCUUCUUCAGGCGUUUACACAGACAUUCAGGGAAAGCAAGCCAGCUUCUUUAUUGAAAAUGGCCUGUCUUUCUGCAAUUGAGGAUAUGCUAACUUCUAUCCAAGGUAAGCUUCAUCUAGAUGCAAGCAGUCCGGAAAAUCUUGAAUUUCAAGAUGCUUUGAUUGCGUGGAUAAGAGAGCUCCCUUUGCUGCUGGUCCAGAUUGGUGAUAAACACCCAGCCUUCUCACAGGAAGUGUUACGUCUUCAACUCCACAUUGGACAGCAUGCCUUGUUGAACUCAUCACUUGUUUGUGUAUAUGACAACAUGCAGAACUCAUUGCAGGAGUUUUACUGUGCAUGUCAAGAAGGAAAUAUGUGCUAUGGUCCCUUUAUCAGGCUUCCUAGAGAAGUUCAAGAGCUCUCUUUGUGUUGCCUUUACUAUUUCUCUCAUUUGGAUUCACAUUUCUUGAAGACAAUAUCUUGUUGCUGCCUAUGUCCUAAUCUAGAUCCCCAUGUGUUAUUUCGGACAAUUGAAGUUCUUCAUUCAGCGUACAGAGCUGGACAUGUUGAUAUUGCUGAUCACUUGAGUUUCUUUAUUACCUUGCUCUCAAGCUUUAAAGUUUCACACGGUAGGCCACAGAUAUAUGGCGAUUGGCACUCAGGUGUGGUUAAUAGUCAGCUUUUUUGGCUUAUAUUUAUGGGAAAUUUUUUGGGGGAUUUAUUGACAUAAAUUUGGGCUUCUUGAUAAUUUACUAGAUAAUAACAACUUUGACUAGCAUGCUUUACAUGUUCUUGAGCUUGUG